UAAUGUCUGAUAGCGUAAAAAUACGAGUUACGGGUCUUCCCCGCGAUAUCACACUCUCGAUCCUCAAGACCGAGUUUCGAACGUUGUUCAGAAAGAUAUAUGUAAAGCAGUUCUGGAUAGAGAAACUCUGCGACAUGGAUCCUGGGGAUGGUGAUUUGAAGCAGAUGACAGUCAAAUUGAGAUACAGAGCCGAAGCACACCGAGCUCAGAACUUCUUCCACAGCAAGCCAUUUGUCUACAACACGAUAAAGUAUCCGCUCGUUGUGCACAAUGUUGAGGAAUCCGAAGAUUUGCCUGGAGAUAAUUCCGAGGACAGGGGACAUGAUGACAAUAAGCACAUUCCAGAGUCGACAAGAUCGAUCAAGAUACCCCCCAGAGUGGUCAAACAAAUACCCCCGACCCUCAAGAAGCUGGAGAUAUUUUCCAGACCGAUCAAGAAGUCCGACAGACUAUCCGGCCCGGUCAAGAGAUUCCAGGCAUUCCCCACCCCGGUGACAAAAUACAAUAUUCAGAAUGAAAUGAUUAACAAGUCCCAAUCUUAG